AGCCUUUGAUGCAAUUCACGUGAGCCACAGUUUCAUGUUGCGUCUAAAAUCAUCCACUCUUUUUCUUUGGGAUCCCCUUGGUCCCGACACCUCCAUUAUCAUCUUCUUUUGUCCCAAGGUGGAGCUGAGUUGCCCCAAAGAGAUGGCAUGGAAAGUCAACAUGUAUCGGGGAUAUUUGGCAAUUUGCCACCCUGACGAACAGCAGCUUAACUUCAUUGAGCGCCUGGUGGAAAUGGCCAGCGGGUUGGCUAUCCGGGAGUGGCGAAGACUUCCACAGGUGGUUUCCCACGUCCAUACACCGCUUCUUCAGGCUGCCCAGCAGAUCAUUGAACUUCAGGAAGCUGCCCAGAUCAACGCAGGGUUGCAACCAGCCAACCUUGGGCGGAACAACAGCCUGCAUGACAUGAAAACCGUGGUGAAGACCUGGAGGAAUAGGUUGCCCAUCGUGUCGGAUGACUUGUCUCACUGGAGCAGCAUUUUCAUGUGGAGGCAGCAUCAUUAUCAAGCCAUCGUAAGUGCCUACGAGAACAGUACUCAACAUGAUCCGAGUUCCAACAAUGCCAUGCUGGGAGUCCAUGCAUCAGCCUCAGCCAUUAUCCAGUAUGGCAAGAUUGCUCGGAAACAGGGUCUGGUCAACGUGGCCUUGGACAUCUUGAGCCGCAUUCAUACCAUCCCAACUGUGCCCAUUGUGGAUUGCUUCCAGAAGAUUCGACAGCAAGUCAAAUGCUACCUCCAGCUCGCUGGCGUGAUGGGCAAAAACGAAUGUAUGCAGGGCCUGGAGGUGAUUGAGUCCACCAACCUGAAAUAUUUUACCAAGGAAAUGACUGCCGAGUUCUACGCGUUGAAGGGGAUGUUUUUAGCGCAGAUUAACAAGUCUGAAGAAGCCAACAAAGCUUUCUCGGCAGCUGUGCAGAUGCACGAUGUGCUAGUGAAGGCCUGGGCCAUGUGGGGCGAUUAUUUGGAAAACAUCUUUGUGAAGGAGCGUCAGCUGCACCUCGGGGUGUCGGCACUUACUUGCUACCUACAUGCCUGCCGGCACCAGAAUGAAAGCAAAUCCAGGAAGUAUUUAGCAAAGGUUCUUUGGCUCCUGAGCUUUGAUGAUGACAAGAAUACACUGGCUGAUGCCGUGGACAAGUAUUGCAUCGGAGUCCCACCCAUCCAGUGGCUGGCUUGGAUCCCACAGCUCUUAACUUGUUUGGUUGGAUCAGAAGGAAAACUCCUCUUGAACCUUAUUAGUCAGGUUGGACGCGUCUAUCCCCAGGCGGUUUACUUCCCCAUCCGAACCCUCUAUCUGACAUUGAAGAUAGAACAACGAGAGCGUUACAAAAGCGAUUCUGGGCAGCAGCAGCCAACUUCGGUUGGAAACCAGUCGCACUCCGCUUCUGACCCUGGGCCGAUCCGAGCGACAGCCCCCAUGUGGCGAUGCAGCCGAAUCAUGCAUAUGCAACGGGAAUUGCACCCGACGCUCCUUUCGUCUCUGGAAGGGAUUGUGGAUCAGAUGGUCUGGUUCCGAGAAAACUGGCACGAGGAGGUUCUCCGACAACUUCAACAAGGCCUCGCCAAGUGCUAUUCUGUUGCCUUUGAGAAGAGUGGGGCAGUUUCAGAUGCCAAAAUCACACCCCACACCCUGAAUUUUGUCAAGAAGCUGGUCAGCACCUUCGGAGUGGGCCUUGAGAACGUCUCCAAUGUCUCCACCAUGUUCUCCAGCGCUGCUUCCGAAUCACUAGCCAGGAGGGCUCAGGCCACAGCUCAAGAUCCUGUCUUUCAGAAACUGAAAGGGCAGUUCACAACAGAUUUUGACUUCAGCGUGCCGGGCUCCAUGAAACUCCACAAUCUCAUUUCUAAGCUGAAGAAGUGGAUCAAAAUCCUGGAGGCCAAAACCAAGCAGCUGCCCAAAUUUUUUCUCAUCGAGGAAAAGUGCCGUUUCCUCAGCAACUUCUCUGCCCAAACUGCCGAAGUGGAAAUUCCCGGGGAGUUCCUCAUGCCGAAGCCAACACACUACUACAUCAAAAUUGCACGAUUUAUGCCCAGAGUGGAGAUAGUGCAGAAACAUAACACGGCAGCCCGAAGACUCUAUAUCCGAGGCCAUAAUGGAAAGAUUUACCCAUAUCUUGUCAUGAACGAUGCUUGCUUGACCGAGUCGCGUAGAGAGGAACGGGUGCUACAGCUGCUUCGCCUCCUCAACCCUUGUUUAGAAAAGAGGAAAGAAACCACAAAGAGACACCUGUUCUUCACCGUUCCCCGAGUUGUGGCUGUCUCUCCCCAGAUGCGCCUGGUAGAAGACAAUCCCUCUUCUCUUUCCCUGGUGGAGAUCUACAAGCAGCGCUGUGCCAAGAAAGGGAUUGAGCACGACAGCCCAAUUUCUCGCUACUAUGACAGGCUGGCGACCGUCCAGGCACGAGGAACCCAGGCCAGUCACCAGGUCCUUCGGGAUAUUCUGAAAGAAGUUCAGGGUAACAUGGUGCCACGCAGCAUGCUGAAGGAGUGGGCCCUUCACACGUUCCCCAACGCUACCGACUACUGGACAUUCCGAAAGAUGUUCACGAUCCAGUUGGCGCUGAUCGGUUUUGCAGAAUUUGUCUUCCAUUUGAACCGGCUUAACCCUGAGAUGUUGCAGAUUGCCCAGGAUACAGGCAAAUUAAAUGUGGCCUAUUUCCGGUUCGACAUCAACGACGCUACCGGAGAUCUGGACGCCAACCGUCCUGUCCCGUUCCGGCUCACCCCAAACAUUUCUGAGUUCCUCACCACCAUCGGGGUCUCUGGCCCACUCACUGCAUCCAUGAUUGCAGUUGCCCGCUGUUUUGCUCAGCCAAACUUCAAGGUUGAUGGCAUUCUGAAAACAGUGCUGCGGGAUGAAACAAUCGCUUGGCAUAAGAAAACCCAGGAGGAUACAUCCUCCCCGCUCUCGGCAGCCGGACAACCUGAGAACAUGGACAGCCAACAGCUGGUUUCGCUUGUUCAGAAAGCUGUGACCGCCAUCAUGACACGGCUCCAUAACCUAGCUCAGUUUGAAGGUGGGGAGAGCAAAGUCAACACCCUGGUUGCGGCAGCUAAUAGCUUAGACAACCUCUGUCGCAUGGACCCAGCCUGGCAUCCAUGGCUGUAGAUGUCAUGAAGGCUUGGAUAAUAACAAAGCCAGUUGAGACAUGAAAGGGAACCUUCACACCCAUCAUGGAUGGCUUCUUCAUCCAUCUCGGCCCUGAUAUUUGCAGCAUGAUCAAUUUUCCAGGAGCUGUUCUGUUUUUAGGCUCCGAAAGUUGUUUUCCUUCCUCAUUAUGCUGGCAUCACCCCAUUCUGAGGGAUCACGAAACGGAUGAGAUUUGAACUUUGCACAUAGAACAAUCUUGUUUUAUGUCGUGAGCAAGAAGAGUUGAAGAUGCUUGUGAGAGCUGAGACUUUCAUAGGAAUCCUCGUCAACCUUUUUUAAAAAAGUGCUUUAAAGAAUUAUCCCCACGUUGUGGAUCUUAGUGUGCAAAGAUUUUUUCAAGGUUUUUUUUUUAAUUGUUUACUUUCAGGUUGAUACAGAGACUGCUGAAAGAUCAUUUUAACCCAAUCAAAAGUGUAUGUGAGUUAGUGGAAUUGUACAGCAAUUUUGUAAGAAAGAUGUACAGGAAAUCCCUCUUGUUUUUAUUGGUGUUGUUACUGUUUUGGUUGCUAGUUGGUAAAAAAAAAAGAUCAAAUUGUGCUUUUUUUUUCCCCCCCUGCAGAGCAUUAUGUAGUGAAAGGGGACUCCUUUCUGAAUUUUGGGUUGAUGAAUCCCUUAUGCCUAAGAGGAACAUUAUAAAACAGAAAUUGUCAUCUACUAAAAUAAGUAUUUGGAAGUAACCCAUUCACACCAAAUCCAAAAGCUUUUGAAAACCUGGUGACCUUUUUUUCUUUUUUUGAGCUCUGACUCAUUUAAAUGUAACUUCCUGAGGAACUCUUUAGUUUUAGCUGUGUAAUUUAAAAGAACAGAGAAAGAAAUUGCUUUUAUUGGGGUCCCUGUUAGCAUUUUUUUAUAAACCAUGCAAUAUUGAGAAUGUUCUAGUUCAAAUUUGUAUGGAGUGAACUUUUUUCAGAAUAAAUAUUUUCUAAA